AUGGCGUCUGAACUUUCGGCUACGCCUCGAAAGGAGGGCACAUGGACGAAGCUUGUGAUAUUUGUUGCGCUAUACAUGCUAAUCCUCGAGUCUAUCUUGGAAUGGGUGCUCGUUCUCUACCUUUACGGUAACGGCCAGGUUGACUCAAAGAUGACUCUGAGUGUUGUUCUUGCAUUGGUCGCAUCUUUUCUCUCAGUGCCACUUGUCAGCCUCCAAAGUCUGGUAGCCUGGCAAUAUAACAACAUUGGUGGAUUUGGAACCCAGAAGACUGUGUUGCAUAAUGUAUGCACAUAUGUUCUGCGCCUGGAUCUUGCACUCUGGCUAGCUACAAGUGUAGCAGGCUUGGUGGUCGCCGCACAGCAGGUGUAUUGUCUCCCCGGGGGGAUAGAUGCAAGUUUCUGGAGAGUUGGUACAAGCUGUGCCUUCCACCGAGCAUCUGUGAUUGUGUCUAUUGUUUCCAUGGUCACCGUGUGCACAAUGUACUGCGCGAGGCAACUCUGCGAUCGACCGUAUGAUGUAUCGCUUCUCGGUAUUUACAAGUGCCAGAGAGUCAAUAGGGAUGGCAGUAUCUUCUCUGGUAAUAGCUGGGAUAGCGACGAAACCCUCAAAAACGAGAUUCUCUACCUUUGCCGCCAACAUGAUGGGAAUGGAACCGGGGAAUCCUGGUCUGCAGACCCAAUCGCCAACAGAGUCAACUGCCAUCCUAGCAUCCGACACCCUGCUCCUGUGCGUUUACGGCCCCAACUCCGAGUCAACACUGAUCCCGGUUCGACAUAUGGGGAGAUUAUGUCUGGGACGACGAUUUCGCCCGACACUCUACACCGUAUCUCUCCUGGAUCACAAAGCCUGGCUAGCGAAUUCUAUCCCCUGUCAUGUACCUCUACGACCAUGAGUUCACAAACAGCCAACGAGUUACGCGCGCUUCUCUCUGAUGAGACUGCCCCCAAACUUCCAGCCAUCCCUCAAGCGUACUCUCACCAUAAGAGAGGAAAGUCAUCACUGUCUUCUCUUAGACGUCUUCUUCCAAAGUCUUUCCCAUUGUCGCUUCCAUUAUCAGCGGACCCUCAAAUACAGGCCCUGGCAGACCCCAACACUGCAUCCGAUGUGGAAAAACAAGUCGUCACGCCAAACAGCAUGCCCAAGGGGAUCCCCGAAUCCACAAGCUACCAACUCGUUGCAAAUGGCAACACCCCAAAUGCCUCUUCCGCAUCCCUCCCCCAAAGCCCUGCCAACACCCAGCCCAAACCAAUCACUGCACACCCGGGCGGCCACCACAGCCGCACACUGACAAUGAACUCCGCCGAUGCCCCGGAAGUAGUCCCAGCCCCAUCUUCCCCAACAAAAGUCGGCCGCUCCCAAACAGCCUACGCCAUGCCCACAUCCCUCUCAAUCCACCAUCCACACCACCCAAACUUCAUUCCACGCCCCCCUGCACCACCACGGCCACGAGCCUACUCCCAGACCCGCCGCCAAUCUCCAGGUCCCAAAAUGCACCCGGACUCCAUGCGGAAGACCAUGCAACAACAGAAAAGCAUAAAACACUACCCUGUCCGCAGUUCCUCUUACAACUUCGACCCAAACCGCCUCCCAAGUUACUCCCAGAGCCAGUACAACCUCCAUCCAAAUGCUCAUCCCGGUAGCCAGUAUGCGCACCAAUCAUCACGUUGGGCAAACCAGCGCCGCUACGGCUCAGCUCGCUCCCUACCACCCAUCCCACGUCGUAACGACGUCGAGAUAAUCUACCCCAGCACGCGUCGCCCACGAAGCAGUACACCUGGCGCCGCUAACGGCCCGCUCAGCUGCAUUUUAGAGACAACAGGUGACGCGCAUGCUGUGGAUGGGCCGAGAUCACUCUCGACUGCUUGCUUAGAGUUGCCGUCUAAUUGUAUUGAUCAGACAAAAUAUCGGGGUGCGAAUCGGACGAGUUUGAGCUUCCAUUGA